CCGUAAUAUUCUAGUAUCAGCAAGAAGAAUAAAGAAAGUAAGAGAAAAUAAGAGAAAAUACCGGUAAGCCGAGGUCAAGACCGAGAAGGCCGAGAGCAGGCAUGUGUUGACUCACGCUCAAGUCAGAAAAGACCCGAUAUCCAUGACAAUCAUGAUGGUGGUAGCAGUUAAUCAAGACGGGGAUCACUGCUUCAUGAUGCCUAGACAAGUGGUUAGCUAUAAUUCCUCCCUUACUUGCCUUCUCGUCAAACGAAACUUCUGAUCUCCCCCUCAUGGCACCCUCGAAGCUGUUCCAGCUCAUUACAGUCGGUGAAAUGUCCCUGCAACAUCGCGUUGUAGGAGCACCCUUGACGCGUUUCCGAGCAAGUUCCACCCACGUACCUAACCCCGUCAUGUGUGACUACUACGAGCAGCGUUCACACACACCCGGGACACUGCUAAUUGGCGAAGCCACAAUCAUUGCAGCCAAGGCAGGAGGUUGGGUGCACAUUCCCGGUAUAUGGAAUCAAGAACAGAUAGAUGCAUGGAAGUCGAUCACACAUCGCGUCCAUGCCAAAGGCUGCUACAUCUUCUGCCAACUUUGGGCUUUUGGUCGGGCUGCAUAUCCCGAAGUUCUGGCGGCGGAAGACCCUUCCUUCCCAUAUAUCGCUCCUUCUGACAUCCCUUUGACCGGACAAAAGGUUAUUCCUCGGCCUAUGACUGUCGAAGAGAUCCAGGACUAUGUCCAACUCUAUGCGGAAGCCGCACAGAACGCUAUAAAAGCGGGAUUCGACGGCGUCGAAAUCCAUGGCGCGAACGGUUACUUGCUCGACCAGUUCACGCAGAAUGUAUCAAAUAGACGGAGCGAUCAGUACGGCGGGAACAUCAUGAACCGCGUGAGGUUUCCGCUACAGGUCGUUGAUGCCGUCGUGAAUGCCGUAGGCGCAAAUAAAACUGGAUAUCGCCUUAGCCCCUGGAAUUCCUUCCAAGACAUGGCAAUGAAGGAUCCCAAACUGACCUUCACGUACCUCGUUUCUCAGAUUAAAGAAAAAUAUCCUGAUUUUGCUUACAUCCACGUUGUUGAACCUCGUAUUGUUGGUACGAGCGAUAGAAACCUCGACGACAUCGACGCUCAUGAAGAGAAUGAUUUCUUGCGCGAAAUUUGGGCGCCCAAGCCUGUCAUAUCAGCGGGUGGCUAUGAUCAAGCCACGGCUACCAGGGUUGCCGAUGAGAAGAAUGACCUCAUUGCUUUCGGUCGACAUUUCCUCGCAAACCCUGAUUUGGUAUGCAGACUGAAGAACAAUAUACCACUAAAUCCGUACGACAGGGAGACCUUUUACAUUGGCGGCAAUGUUGCAAAGGGUUAUACAGACUACCCGUUUGCCGCAGAGGCAAAUGCAAAGGCUGCAUUGUAAAAAAAUACAAUUGUUUUGGACAAGUUAUUGGAUCUACUCAAAUGCCUCUUAUGUCUGAAAGCCCGAAGGACUCGAAAUAACAGAAUAAUGAAGAUAUUGCUAUCCUACAGGUGAUCAAGACACGAG